AUGGCACGCAUCCCACGUGUGGCAUCUUUCUUUCUCUUUCUGACUAAGCUCAGCAUUGGCCAGAGAGAAGUCACAGUUCAGAAAGGACCACUGUUUAGAGCUGAAGGUUACCCUGUCAGCAUUGGCUGCAAUGUAACUGGCCACAAGGGACCUUCCGAGCAGCAUUUCCAGUGGUCUGUUUACCUGCUGACAGGCCCGACCCAAGAAGUCCAGAUCAUCAGCACUAAAGAUGCCACGUUCUCUUACGUGAUGUAUGCGCCGCGGGUACGAAGCAGAGAAAUCUACGUGGAGAGGGUCCAGGGCAGCGCAGUCUUUUUGCACAUCUCAAAGCUCCAGAUGAAGGAUUCUGGCGAGUAUGAGUGUCACACACCGAACACUGAUGGAAGAUACUACGGGAAUUACAGUGCAAAGACUACCCUGAUUGUUAUUCCAGAUACCCUCUCUGCCACCAUGAAUUCCCAGACUCUCCAUAAGGAGGAAGGUGAGCCAUUAGAACUUACCUGUGAGGCUGCCAAAGCCACAGCUCAACAUACCCACCUGUCUGUCACCUGGUACCUGAUGCGGGAUGGAGAAAGAAGUCAAGGCAUCAAGAUUAUUUCCCUCUCCAAAGAUUUUAUGUUGAUCCCUGGGCCUUCGUAUACAGAGAGGUUUGCAGCUGGUGAUGUGAGGCUCGACAAGCUCAGGGCCUCUACCUUCAGGCUGACCGUAGGGAGCCUGCAGCCCUCAGAUCAAGGCCAGCUGUUCUGUGAGGCAGCUGAAUGGAUUCAAGAUCCAGAUGGAACCUGGACUUUCAUCACAAAAAAGCAGACAGAUCAAACGACUCUGUGGAUCCAGCCAGCAGGGAGAGAUUUUCAAGUCAACAUUACGACUGAGAGCACAUUUACUGCAGGAAAACCCUUAGAACUGGUUUGCCUGGUAGUGGGCAGUGGCCGGGACCCUCAGCUUCAGGGCACUUGGUUCUUCAAUGGGAUUGAAAUGGCCGGUAUUGAUGCUGGUGGAGUUCUGGGCCUGAAAGAAGACUACAAAGAGAGAGCAAGAGAAGGACAAGUCCAGGUUUCAAAGUUAAACCCCAAGGCUUUCUCUCUCAAGAUCUUUGCUGCAGGCCCAGAGGAUGAAGGCGCCUACAGAUGUGCUGUGGCAGAGGUGACAAGAACUCAGAUGGGCUCCUGGCAGGUGCUUCAGAGAAAGCAGUCACCAGACAGCCAUGUGCACCUGAGGAAGCCAGCAGCAAGAAGCGUGGUCAUGUCUACCAGGAACAAACAGCAAGUAGUGUGGGAAGGGGAAGCACUAACCCUUCUCUGCAAGGCAGACGGAGCUGAAAGCCUCCUGUCUGUGAACUGGUGGCACGUUCCACAGGACCAGACGCAGCCAGAGUUUGUGGCCGGCAUGAAGCAGGAUGGCACCGUGCAACUGAGUGACUCCUACGGGGAGCUCAACAAUCACGGCAAUGCAAGGCUGGAGAAGACGGACUGGGGCACUUUCCAGCUGGAGAUCCCCUCCACCAGUGUUACAGACAGCGGGACAUACGAGUGCAGAGUGUCUGAGAGGACCCGGAACCAGGCCGGAGAUCUGAGCUGGACUCAGAAGAUAGCGGUCACUGUGAAAUCUCUGCAAUCAAGUUUACAAGUUAGUCUGAUGAGCCGUCAACCGCAAGUGAAAUUAACCAACACCUUAGACCUGUCCUGCAUAGUGGGGGCUGACUACGCUGACCUCAAGGUACCACUCACCGUGACAUGGCAGUUCCAGCCGGCUGGGUCCCAAGCCUUUCACCAGCUUAUUCGAAUCACCCAUCAUGGCACAAUCGAAUGGGGCCACUUUCCGUCCCAGUUCCAAAGGAAAUCGAAGGUUUCGCAGUCUUCAUUUCGUUCUCAACUCCUAAUCCACGAUGCCACGGAGGAGGAGGCGGGAGUGUAUCGGUGUAAAGUGGAAGUUUAUGACAGAAAUUCCCUGCACACAGAUGGCCCCAUGAGGGCUUCUGCCAUCUCUCACCCGCUGCAGAUAGCCGUCACUUUACCAGAGAGCAACCUGAAAGUGAAUUCAAGCAGUCAAGUCCAAGAGAUCCCCAUCAACUCCAACACAGACAUAGAAUGUCACAUCUUGUCCCGGUCUACCGGAAACAUUCAAUUUGCUGUUACUUGGUACUUCUCUUCCAUUUCCACUAAUGCACCCUGGCGGAAGAUCCUGGAAAUGGACCAAACCAACGUUGUAGAAUAUGGGGAUGAAUUUCACACUCCAUGGAGAAAACAAAAAUUCCACACCGAGAGAGUUUCCCAAGACACGUUUCAGCUACACAUUCUGAACGCAGGAGACAGCGAUCAGGGCAGAUACCGCUGCUCUGUGAAGGAAUGGCUCUUGGCCACGAAUGGCGCUUGGUACCAGCUUGGAGAAGAGAUGUCGGGUCUAACAGAAUUGAAACUCAGGCCCACAGGAAGUAAAGUACGUGUCUCCAGAGUGUCCUGGUCAGAAAACGCUACCGAGCACGGAGAGGCGACCAUCCACUGCAGCCUAGAGAGCCCAGGUGGCUCAGCCUCCCUGUUCUCUGUGACGUGGUACCGGAACGGAGAAAACUCUGGAAGCAAAAUGCUGGUGCACCUGCAGCAGGAUGGCUUGCUGGAGUAUGGCGACGACAGGCUCAGGAGUCCCCUGCACUGUUACCGCUCAUCCCCCACAGACUUCGUCCUGAAGCUUCAUCGGGUGGAGAUGGAGGACGCUGGAAUGUACUGGUGCAAGGUGGUGGAGUGGCAGCUCCAUGGCACCCCCGGCAAGUGGGUCAGCCAAGCCUCAGACGAGUCACAGCAUGUGGCGCUCACGGUGCUGCCGUCAGAGCCCACGUUUCCUUCCAGGAUCUGCUCGUCGGCACCUUUGGUCUAUUUCAUAUUCAUCUGCCCCUUCAUUAUGUUCAUUCUGCUGCUCGUUGCCCUCCUCUGCUUAUACCGGAAGGCCAGGAAGCUGUCAACGCUGAGUCUAAAUGCCCAGAAAGAAAAGGCUCUCUGGGUGGACUUGAAAAGGGCCGGAGACAGGUACACGAACAGGAGAGACGGGGAAGAGGAAGGCGAAGACAUCUGAAUCCCCAGAGGCACCUGCAGCCCUGUGGGGAAAGCGCAGACAUUGGAAUUGGACUGACGGGACGUAAAUGAACCCUGGUUGUGCCCUUCUCUGUGUCUGUGGCCUCGGGUAAGUUACCAAGAGUCAGAGGGAACAUUUCUUGAGUGUGUGUGUUGCCAGGCACGGUUAAGUGUUUCUUUGUGUGUGACCUCACCUAGCCCUGGCGUCCCUCCCAGGAGCUAGGUGGCAUCAUUGCCCUGUUUUACGAUCAGCACACCUCCCUGAGGCUCAGGUUCCCCACCUCCCUGAGGCUCAGGUUCCUCCUCUGUGAGGAGAGAAGUCCUGUCCCCACACAGCCUCUGGGGGCCAAAUGAGAGCCUGUGGCCAAGCCGAGGGGCAGCCUUCCCUCUGACUCCUCCUCUCUAUGUCGCAGUCCCUGGAAACACCCAGCGUUCUGUCACGUGAGCUCUAGGUAACCUUUUGCCUCCAGAUGAGAGGCCAGGAAAGGGCCCAAUGUCUGCAAAGCGAAAGAAAUUGAGACUCGGCCCUUCUUUCCCAUCAAAUCUGCCUUCAGAAAGAAUGUGACUUCCUUCAGGGCGGAAAUCCAUUUUUCUUCCUCCAUCGCAUCUAUAAAUGAC